AUGUCCGACUUGGCCCUUCCCCUCGCGGAACCCACCGCAUUGCCCACCGCGGGUGAUGCGCCCCCAAACAGCGCCGGUCGCUCCUCUGCCCAUUCGGCUGUCGACCAGCCUGUCGCGAUUUCCGACGAACUGAAGACUCGCUUAGACAAAGUGAUCUAUUCGGAGAUCGGCAUUACCACUCUCCUCACUCGCCUGAAGCAAAGCGUAGCAUCUGCCAAAGAUUUCUCCACGUUUUUGAAGAAACGUGGGGCAUUGGAAGAUGAGCACGCUCAGGGGUUAAGGAAACUGUCCCGCACGGUCAACGAUGCCGCACACCGCAACGAAAACCGCCAAGGGACUUAUAGCUCCAGCUACAAGGAGAUUCAACGACUACAUGAGCGCAUGGCCGAGUGUGGCUUACAGUUCUCGGUAUCCUUACACCAGAUGUCCGAUGAUCUGCAGGAGCUUUCCACGAAUAUCGAGCGCGGCCGCAAACAGUGGAAACAAACGGGAUUGGCCGCGGAGAAGCGGGUCAUUGAUGCGGAAUCACAAGCUGAGAAGGCAAAGGCCAAGUACGACUCACUGGCCGAGCAGUAUGACCGAGUUCGCACAGGUGACAAACAGGGUGGCAAGUUCGGAUUGAAGGGCCACAAGUCCGCUGCGCAACACGAGGAGGAUCUAUGGCGUAAGGUUCAGAAUGCGGAUGCGGACUAUGCAGCUAAGGUCCAGGCGGCACAAGCAGCUCGUCAGGAGUUGGUCUCUACCCACCGUCCUCAGGCGGUGCAUAAUCUCCAGCAACUGAUUUCCGAGUGCGACUCGGGAUUGACUCUACAGCAACAGAAAUUUGCUACUUUCAAUGAGAAGCUCUUGCUAGGUCAGGGGCUUUGUGUUAGCCCCAUUAAGGGCGAAAGCAAUGGCUCAGUUGCGUCCAAGAGUCUUGCGGAAGUUAUCCGCCAGGUUGAUAAUCAAAAAGACUUACACGACUUCAUCCUGAGUCAUGAAGGGAAUCCAGGUGCUCUGGCUGGAGAGGAGGUUAAAUAUGAGCGUCACCCUACUCUUGGUGGUGGUGGAGCAGCCGCAUCUUCUCAACCCAGUCUCCAGGCGAAGCGCCAGUCUUCUAUGCCCUCAUUCUCUCAACAACCCAUUUCUUCCCCGAGCACUCAGCCAACUGGAAGCACCGAUCGAUUCCAACAGCCACCUUAUCCAACACAAGGAGAAUCUCCCGCUCCUUCACAGGCUCAGCCUCCAUAUCCCUCGGCACCUACCUCUCACGACCCUUCGUCUGUGGGGACUGCCCCCAUGAUGCACCCUCCUCCUCUAGACAAAAAUAUUCAGUCUAACCUUCCACCUUUGAAGCCGGUCUUUGGUGUGACCCUCGAUGACCUAUACGUUAGGGAUGGUACCGCGGUACCAUUGCUUGUCUAUCAAUGCUUCCAGGCUAUUGAACUCUUCGGCCUCGAUCUGGAAGGGAUAUACCGACUCUCAGGAAGUGCCAACCAUAUCAGCCACCUGAAGGCAUUAUUCGAUAAUGAUUCGUCGCAAGUCGACCUCACAAAUCCGGAAAACUUCUUCCAUGACGUAAAUAGCGUUGCUGGACUUGUGAAACAGUUCUUCCGCGAUCUUCCUGAUCCAAUAUUCACUUCCCAGUAUUACACUCAGUUCGUUGAGGCUGCUCGCAUUGAUGAUGAUACUCAACGCCGAGAUUCUCUACACGCUCUGAUUAAUAGCCUGCCGGAUGCCCAUUACGCUACCCUCCGUGCUAUUAUCCUGCACUUGAACAAGGUUCAAGAACAUUCUUCGCAAAACCGCAUGAACGCUGGUAAUUUGGCAAUCUGCUUUGGUCCAACUCUAAUGGGAGCCAACUCUGGCGGAAAUAUCGCCGAUGCUGGCUGGCAAGUACGUGUCAUCGAGACAAUUCUCAACAACACCUUCCAGAUUUUCGACGAUGACUAA